AUGCCCAAAGACAAAGAGCGAUCCGUCAACCCAGCCCAAGCCCAGCGUAAGCUCGAGAAGCAAAAAGCGCUGAAAAAGGGCAAGGCCGAAGCCGUCACCCGACGCAAUGAAAAGCUUGCGCGUCGCAACCCCGAGCGCAUACAGCGGCAAAUCAACGACUUGAAAGCCAUAGAGGAGUCUGGCCAGCCGUUGCGCCCGCGCGAGAAACAGGUCCUAGAGGAGUUGGAGCGUGAUUUGCGCUCUGUGCAAAAGGCGCGCGAAGCUUUGGGCGAUAAAGCGCCGCAGUUCAAUAGCCAAUUUGAGCGCCGGCAACAGGCGCAGUAUCCGGCACAUCGAGGUCAGGGGCGGGGUGAUGCGGGUGGUGUUGGUGUUUUGGGCAAGAGACGGAGGGGGGAUGGGCGGCAUUGGAGAGAGAGUGAUAAAGAUGAUGAUGGUAGUGAGACAGAUGAGAGUGUUCGAAAUAUACCUAUGCCGAGGGAUACGCCGCCUCCAAUCCCUCCGCAAUACCGGAGACGGGGAGAACCUCCUUCUCGUGAAGCUGAAGGCGAAGAACGAGGUGAGCAGCGCCGUCAGCCACAUGCAUUACCCGCGAAACCAGAGGCGGCGGCCAGGACAGUCUAUGAGUCAGCGCCUGUGAUUCGGGAUCUGCGACAGGAAGCUGUUAGCAAGUUUGUGCCUGCUGCUGUGCGCAAGCAGCAAGAUGCUAUAAGGGGUCAGGGAAGGCUGGUGGAACCAGAGGAAAUGGAUAAAUUGGAGCAGGCGGGAUAUUUACAGACACGGAGCACCAGCAAACAACAAGAACAACAGCCCAAAGAGGAGGAAGACCCAGAAGAUAUACUCAAGCGGAUUGAAGAGGAGACACGAGCUCGGCCGCAACAUAAUGUAGACAUCGAAGAAGUCACCGAUGAGGAGCUUUAG